CCUCCACCCCUCUCACCCACUCACCAUGCCACCAAAGAAGUCCAUCUGGCGCGCGCCCGACGCCCAGCACUUCUCCGUCGUGCAUCGCUCGCAGCGCGAUCCGCUGCUGCACGACGGCGAUGCCUCUCGCGGCGUGCUGCGCGAGGCGCCUCGCGCCAACCUGCUGCGCGGCAACCAUGCCUCUGGCUCUGCGACGCCGGCACCCGGCGGCGGAGAGACGCUCUCGCAGCUCGAGGCCAAGCUCGGCGAUGAGCUGGCGCAGGAGCGUCCUAAUGUCGGCGAGGCGCAAAAGUACGGCGUCUACUUUGACGACAGCGCGUACGACUACAUGCAGCACUUGCGGCCCAUCGGCGGCACGCACAAUGCGCGGCACGGCGGCGUCGACGAGGUGGACGACGUCGAUGUGGUGCUGCUGCCUGCGCCUGCGCCCAACACCACCAAGAGUAAGGGCAAGGGCAAGGGCAAGGGCGACGGCAGCAGCGGCGGCGGCUUCGAGCUCAAGCCGGCAGAGCUGGAGAAGCAGCCGGUGCGGCAGGCAUUGCCGGCAGACGUGCUGCCACCGCGACACUUGCCGGCGCGCGACUGGAGCCGCAUGGAGGAUGUGGCGCCGGAGCUGCGCGGCCUGCAGCCCAACAUGGACCCGCAUCUGCGCCAGGUCCUCGAGGCUCUCGACGACGACGCCUUCCUGCUGCCGGCGCAGCGACGCGCCGCCGCUGCCGCAAGGGCUGCCGCUGCCGCUUCCGAAGCCGAGGCUGCAGCGAAGGCGCCAGCUGCAGAGGAGAAGGAGGAUGAAGAGGAGGAGGACAUCGACGACUUCUUCGCCGACAUCUUGGCUGACGGCGAAGCGGCGGAUGACGAGGUGCUGCCAUGGCAGGCCGAGGCGCCAGGCGGUGAAGAGACGCUCUUUGAGACGCCCGCCGCACGCGCUGCGAGGGAGCUCAUGACGCUCAAGGAGUCCGGCGCCGGGCCCGAGGCGCUCUCGCUCGAGGCGCGCGUGGCGCUCUUCAAGGCGGCACAGAGCGAGGCGAGGGCACAACAGCCGCAGCAACCACGAGGUGCGGGCGUGGCGGGCAGUCGAGUUAGCAGCACGGGAAGCCAGUCGAUCUUUGGCGAGAAGGGCCCAAGUCGGAGAAGUAGACAUCCCGGCGCAAAGGCUCGCCUGGCCGCGAGCUACUACGCGCCUAGCGCUGCUGGCGGCGCGACGGCCUUCUCGAUGAGCUCGAGCGCCAUGGAGCGCAACGCCGGACUGAGCGGGCUCGAUGAGCGCUUCGAGAAGAUGGAGGCGCUCUACGAGGCCGGCUCGGAUGAGGACGAAGGCUCAGACGAUGAGGACUCUUCUCUCACGCGCCCGCCGCCUGCCUCCUUUGACUCAGACGACGACGAUGAUGACGAAGGCGCUCCGCCUCUGACGCGCGAAGACUUCGACGGCAUUCUCGACGACUUCCUGACGCGCCACGAAGUCUACGGCGGCCGUCUGCGCACACGGCUGGGCGCGCCUGAGUCGAGCGGCGCUGCCAAGCUGGGCCAGCUGCGAGAGGAGCUGGGCGCGCCGCUGGCGAGGAGGCGAGAGGAGGUGGAUGAGGGAGAGGAGAGCGAGGAGAGCGAGGAGGAGGAGAUCAUGAUGCCGCGCUCGGCUAGAGAUGGAAGGGAGAAGUGGGACGUCGAGACUGUGCUCUCCACGCGUUCCAAUCUCGAGAACCACCCGCGACUGAUUGCCGCUCGCUCCUCGGUUGCGGGCUCGACGAUGUCACAUCGGCCCACGACGAUCGCCUCCUCCGGCAUCGGGCGCCCGUCUUCGCUCUCGACCAACGGCUCCGAGGUGAUGCCGCGCGUGCGCAUCAACCCGCGAACCGGCCUGCCCGAGAUCACCAGCUACAUCAAGCUCGCGGCGCCGCGCGAGCGCGAGCUGCCGCCGACGGGCUUCAAGGAGGAGUGCAGCUCCGUGCGCGAAGUGCCUGAGGAGGACGAGGAUGAGGCGUACAGCAGUGGCGCGGAGAGCGACGAUACGAUUGGCGCUCGACGAACCAUCACGCGACCACGCAAUGAGAGUGCAGAGGAGAAGAAGGCGCGCAAGACGGCGGCUAAGGAGAGCAAGCAGGCGCGCAAGAGCGAGAAGUCGGCGCGCAAGCAGGCGUACGCCAAGGAGCGCAAGACGCAGCUCAAGCAAGCCGGCGCACGGGUCGCGGGAGGCGGCGCGGCCGACGUGGGCCGCAAUGGUGUCGGGCGCGAGGGCAUUGCUGUCAGACUUGCUUAGAGGGGAGAGGUGCAAUCGUCAUCAUCCAGACAGAGACG